AUGGCUGACAAUGGAGCAACGGAGGAAGACCUCUAUGAGGUCCUUGGGAUAUCCAAGUCUGCCACAAAAUCUGAAGUGAAGAAGGCAUACCACAAGGCAGCUCUGCAACACCACCCCGACAAAGUAGCAGAAGACCAACGCGAAGAAUCCGAAUUGAAAUUUAAAGCAGUCAGCCAAGCUUACGAGAUUCUUCAUGAUGAAGAGAAACGUCACCUCUACGAUACACACGGCAUGGCGGCUUUCGAUACCAGCAGAGGAGGCCCGGGAGCCGGCGGACCAGAUCUAGAUGAUAUUCUUGCGCAGAUGUUUGGGGGAGGCAUGGGUGGUGGUAUGGGCGGCAUGGGAGGCAUGCCUGGGUUUGGGGGUGAAGGUGGACCGAAGCGGUCACGGAAGGGACGUGAUGAGGAGCAGAAAUACCAGGUUACGUUGGAGGAGCUUUAUAAGGGGAAGACAGUGAAGUUUGCGAGCACGAAGAAUAUUAUCUGCAGUCAUUGCAAGGGGACGGGUGGAAAGGAAAAGGCGAAAGCGCAGAGCUGCGAGAGGUGCAAGGGGAAUGGUAUCACAGUUGGACUUCGACAAGUUGGGCCGGGUCUCGUUACGCAGGAACGAAUGGUGUGUGAUACUUGUACAGGAACGGGAAAGAUCUUUAAGGAGAAGGAUAGGUGCAAGAAGUGCAAGGGGAAAAGGACAACGUCGGAGAAGAAGGUGCUAGAGAUUUAUAUUCCAAGAGGUGCACGGGAAGGCGAGCGGAUUACUCUCGAAGGCGAAGCAGAUCAAGUACCCGACCAAACUCCCGGGGAUAUUGUUUUCACACUUGUCGAGGACGAACAUGACGUAUUCCAGAGGGCUGGUGAUGAUCUUUCAGCUGAGCUCAACGUUACGCUCGCAGAGGCAUUGACUGGCUUCUCCAGAGUGGUCUUGAAACAUCUUGACGGCCGUGGUCUUCAUCUUGAUCAUCCCCAAGGCAAGGUGCUGCAGCCUGGACAGAUAUUAAAAAUUGCUGGCGAGGGAAUGCCAUUGAAGAAGAGUGAUGCGAAAGGAGAUCUAUAUCUUGUGGUCAAGGUUGAAUUUCCAGAGAACGGAUGGACCGAGGCUGCUGCUGCAUUCGACAGUCUUCGAAAUAUCCUUCCUAAGCCCGAUGAGCCAAUCGAAGCCACCGAGAUCGACGAAGUGGAAUACGAUUCGGACGCUGAUAUCGAAGAUUUCGGUGCCAAUUCUGGGGACCCCCGAGCUGGUGGUGGAUGGGAAGAUGACGAAGAAGAGGAAGGCCAGGCACAGUGCGCACAGCAAUAA